AUGUUGGCUCCCCCAGUACCCUCAAUAGGAACCCAACUACCCAUCUGCUUGGCUAGACAUUUCCAGUCAUUAUAUACCCUCCACAAAUACCUCUGUGAUGAUGAAGAUGAUGAUGAUGAUGAUGGUGGUGGUGGCAUUAAAGUAUUCUGCCCUUCUUCAUUCAAGCGAGACCAGAUUGUGCCAAAAGCUCUGGUGACCUUUGAGGAUGUUGCUGUCUUUUUUACGGAGGAGGAGUGGGCUCUGCUGGAUCCAGGCCAAAGAGCUCUGCACAAGGAAGUCAUGGAGGAGAAUUAUGAGAUGGUGGCCUCUCUAGCAGAGACUCUGACACUCAGGUCUGAGCUCAUCUUGUCGCUUGGAACAGAAAAAUACAGGGAUGUUGUCCUGGACCAAUUGAGAGGUGAUGGAGGAGGCAAUCAGAAUUUUGAGGGGCCAUCUGUGAAGUGCUUCAGUUUGAGUGAACACCUUAGCACACAUAUACAAAACACAGAGGAGAAACCCUUUAAAUGUAUGGAGAAUGGAAAGAGCUUCAGUAAAAAUGGAAACUUUACUAGACAUCAACGAAUUCACACAGGGGAUAAACCAUUUAAAUGUAUGGAGUGUGGGAAAAGUUUCGCUUAUAGUAGCAGCCUUAGAAUUCAUCAACGGACUCACACAGGGGAAAAACCAUAUAAAUGUAUAAAGUGUGGAAAGAGCUUCAGACAGUGUUCACACCUUACUGUACAUCUACGAACUCACACACAGGAGAAACCUUUUAAACGUAUGGAGUGUGGAAAGAGCUUUAGGGAUAGGGAAAUACUUACUGUAUAUCAACGAAUUCACACUGGGGAGAAACCAUUUAGAUGCAAGGAUUGUGGGAAGGGUUUCAGUGAAGGUAGAAAACUUACAAUACAUCUACAAACUCACACAGGGGAGAAACCAUUUAAAUGUUUGGAGUGUGGAAAGAGCUUCAGUAAUAAUGGAAAUUUUACUAGACAUCAACGAAUUCACACAGGGGAGAAACCAUUUAAAUGUUUGGAGUGCGGAAAGAGCUUCAGUUUAAAUGAUAGACUUACUGUACAUCAACGAAUUCACAGCGGGGAGAAACCAUUUAAAUGUUUGGAGUGUGGAAAGAGCUUCAGCAAUAAUGGAAAAUUUACUAGACAUCAACGAAUUCACACAGGGGAGAAACCAUUUAAAUGUUUGGAGUGCGGAAAGAGCUUCAGUUUAAAUGAAAGACUUACUGUACAUCAACGAAUUCACACCGGGGAGAAACCAUUUAAAUGUAUGGAAUGUGGGAAGAGCUUCAGUGAAAAGCGAAACCUUACCUUACAUCAACGAAGUCACACUGGGGAGAAACCAUUUAAAUGUAUGGAUUGUGGGAAGAGCUUCAGUCAUGGUCCAUACCUUACUAUACAUCAACGUAUUCACACAGGGGAGAAACCUUUUAAAUGUCUGGAGUGCGGAAAGAGCUUCAGUACAAAUGGAAAUUUUACUAUACAUCAACGUAUUCACACAGGGGAAAAACCAUUUAAAUGUCUGGAUUGCGGAAUGAGCUUCACUGAGAAUGGAUCUCUUGCUAGACAUCAACGAAUUCACACAGGGGAGAAACCAUUUAGAUGUAUGGAGUGUGGAAAGAGCUUCAUUCAGCAUUCACACCUUAGUAGACAUCAACAAACUCACACAGGUGAGAAACCAUAUAAAUGUAUGGAGUGUGGAAAGUGCUUCAUGUAUAGUUGGCAACUCAAUGUGCACCAUCAAAGUCACACCAGGGAGAAACCAUUUAAUUGUAAGGAUUGUGGGAAGGGUUUCGGUGAUUGUAUAAAACUUACAGUACAUCAACGAAUUCACACAGGGGAGAAACCAUUUAGAUGUAUGGAAUGUGGAAAGAGCUUCAUUCAGAGUUCACACCUUAGUAGACAUCAACGAACUCACACAGGCGGGAAACCAUAUAAAUGUAUAGAGUGCGGAAGAAGCUUUAGUGAAAAUGGAAGUCUUACUGUACAUCGGCGAACUCACACGGGUGAGAAACCAUUUAAAUGUUUGGAGUGUGGAAAGGGUUUCAUUUUAAGUGGAGCUCUUACAAAACAUCAACGAAUUCACACAGGGGAGAAACCAUUUAAAUGUCUGGAAUGUGGGAAGGGUUUCAUUGAGAGUGGAGCUCUAACGAAACAUCAACGAAUUCACACAGGGGAGAAACCAUUUAAAUGCAUGGAGUGCGGAAGGAGCUUCAGUGAAAAUGGAACUCUAACAAAACAUCAACGAAUUCACACAGGGGAGAAACCAUUUGGAUGUAUGGAUUGUGGAAAGAGGUUCAGGGAUAGGGGAAAUCUUACUGUACAUCAACGAAUUCACACCGGGGAGAAACCAUACAGAUGUAUGGGGUGCGGAAAGAGCUUCAGACUUUGUUCACACCUUACUAUACAUCGGAGAACUCACACAGGGGAGAAACCAUAUAAAUGUAUGGAGUGUGGAAAGACCUUCAGUGAAAAUGGAAGUCUUACCUUACAUCAACGAACUCACACUGGUGAGAAACCAUUUAAAUGUAUGGAGUGUGGGAGGUGUUUCAGGCAGUGUUCAUACCUUACUAUACAUCGAAGAACUCACACAGGGGAGAAACCAUAUAAAUGUUUAGAGUGUGGAAAGAGCUUCAUGCGUAGUUGGCAACUCAUUGUGCACAAUCAAAGUCACACUGGGGAGAAACCAUUUAACUGUAAGGAUUGUGGGAAGGGUUUCAGUGAAGGUAGAAAACUUACAAUACAUCAACGAACUCACACAGGGGAGAAACCAUAUAAAUGUUUGGAGUGUGGAAAGAGCUUCAUUUGUAGUGGGAAACUCACUCUACACCAACAAAGUCACACAGGGGAGAAACCAUUUAAAUGUAUUUGUGGGAAAGGUUUCAUUGAGAGUGGAGCUCUUAGAAGACAUCAACGAACUCACACAGGAGAGAAACCAUUUAAAUGUCUGGAGUGUGGAAAGAGCUUCAGUGAAGCUUCAAAACUGACCAUACAUCUACGAGGUCACACAGGGGAGAAACCCUUUAAAUGUAUAGAGUGUGGACAGAGUUUCAGUCACAAUGGAACACUUACUAGACAUCAAAGAACUCACACAGGUGAGAAACCAUAUAAGUGUAUGUUUUGUGGAAAGUGCUUCAGACAGUGUUCAGACCUUACUCUACAUCAACGAACUCAUACAGGGGAGAAACCCUUUAAAUGUAAGGAUUGUGGGAAGGGUUUCAGUGAAGGUAGAAAACUUACAAUACAUAAACGAACUCACACAGGGGAGAAACCAUUUAGAUGUGUGGAGUGUGGAAAGAGCUUCAGUCAGAGUGCAAGCCUUACUAGACAUCAACGAACUCACACAGGGGAGAAACCAUAUAAAUGUAUGGAGUGUGGGAAGAGCUUCAGUGAAGUUGGAAAACUUACAAGACAUCAAAAAACUCACAGAGAAGCGAUUGCUUAAAUGAAAGAAGUGUGGAAAGUGUUUCAAUUAUAGCAGUUCUCAAUUAACACCUAUACACUGUCACAGGGGGAACCAAUUUAGUUUUAUGGAAUGUGCCACUGUUCAUGUAUGGGACAAUGGCAGCCAGAAUAUUAGUGGCAAGGAAUUGGAAAAAUGAAACAGCACCCACUAAAACAGAAUGGCAGGCGCUUAUGAUAGAAUACCUCCAGUUGGCUAAGAUGACGGGGAGAGUAAGAGGGCUUUCAAAUCAGAAAGUAUAUAAAGAAGUAUAUUCAAACAUUAUAUAAAAACUUAUUGUUCAAAUAAAAAUCUAGCAGAACUAAAUUGAUUCUUGUGCAAUGCGUAAAUGUUUACCUACUGUAGUGUAUGAAGACAAAUCAAGAUAAUAGACGAUUGUGCGUUAAAGUGUAAAUAACAUUAAUACAAUGAGAAGAAUUGGAA